UCUGUUUAAUGUUUAAUCGUGAAAACAGCUGAAUGUCACUAAGCAGCAUAAAUAACAGCACAAGAGGACAUGCAGAUCAGAUCAACACAACAGGGCCCUGAUUCUAGUAAUUUGAAAGGAAGAUGAAACCUUUUACCUUUUUGUGUUUGGUCCUCGUUGGUCUCUAUGCCGUUGCCAAUUGUCAUCAUAUAUCUGGCAAGCACAAAGAUGAGAAAGAACUUUUGGAACACAGUGGAGCAUAUGACAUCAUAAACCAGGGCUGCCCCACACGAGGCUCUAGUUAUGCUGAUUUUACAUUUAGCUUCUACAAACAGGCUAUGCUACAGGAACCUAACAAGAAUAUUUUCUUUUCUCCUAUAAGCAUCUCCACUGCCUUUGCAAUGUUGGCACUGGGUGCUAAGUCAACCACUCUGAAUCAGAUUUUUGUAGGAAUGGGCUUUAACUUGACAGAGGUUCAGGUAGAGGAUAUACAUGAAGGUUUUCAUCAUCUACUUUACAUGCUGAAUAAGCCUGACAAUGAGAUCGAGAUCAGUCUGGGAAAUGCCCUCUUUACAGAUAGGGGAUUUAAGCCACUAGAGAAGUUUUUAAAUGACAUAAAAGGCUUUUAUGAAGCAGAAUUUCUUUCUAGUAAUUUCCAUAAUCCACCAGAAGCUAAGAAACAGAUCAAUGAUUAUGUUGAGAAAAAAACCCAUGGGAAAAUACAAAAUUUUCUUGAUAGUCUUGAUUCAAGCACUGUAAUGGUUCUUGUUAACUACAUCUACUUCAAAGCCUCUUGGGAAAAUCCUUUUGCACCUAUACAAACUUCUGAGGAAGAUUUUUUUGUGGAUGUAAAAACACCUAUUAAAGUCAACAUGAUGCGACAAGAGGGAGAAUAUGAAAGUUACUAUGAUAAGCAGCUGUUUUGUGAGGUGGUGCAGAUACCUUAUCAUGGAACUGCAGAAGCAAUAUUUAUUCUACCUGACAAUGGAAAAAUGAAACAAGUGGAGAAUGCUCUGGUGAAAGAAACUGUGUGUAAAUGGAGAAAAUCACUUAAAACAAGACGUAUAAAUCUGCACCUCCCAAGAGUCUCUGUUACUGGAUCCUAUGACAUACAACAACUAUUUGAGAAGAUGGGCAUUACCGAAGUAUUCUCUAGCAAUGCUGAUCUGUCUGGAAUCAAUGGUGCACAUGGCCUACAGGUUACAAAGGCGGUUCACAAGGCCCUGCUGAAAGUUCAUGAGAAUGGCACUGAGGCAGCAGCAGCCACAGCAAUAAUAAUUAGGAAAGUUCAUCAGCCUUCAGUCACCAUUAAAUUCAACAGGCCUUUCAUUAUGUUGAUCGUUGAUAAAGCAUCUGCCAUCACGCUUUUCAUGGGGAAAAUUGUCAACCCUAUCGAAAACUAAGUGAUGAGUUGCUGGAUAUGCCAUUGUGCAGAUAGUAGCAUAUAUCCAUGUAGCCCAGCAGGUGUAACUACAUCUAAACUUUAAUCUACUUAUAUCAAAAACAAGUAAAAUAUGUGUGUGGUAGCA